UGAAUGAAUGUCUUGCCUUCGUCUUCUUCCUCCUCUGCCGCAGCCAGCACCCCACCGCACUAGGGCUAGCCAGUGCGAUGCCGGCACGGUGGCGGUCAGUCGAAGACGAUCAAUUGCGCGGCGGGCGAGCUCUUACGAUUCCUUCGACGCGCUUCCUCCUUCCAAAUCCCCUCCCAGGCCCGCGCCCUCUUGCACAGUAGCGUCUCCAUCCAUAGUGUGCCCUGAUGGACAAACAAAGCAGUCAAGAACGCCCCAUCGAAAGCAAGAACGAUGGUUUUAGUAUGGAGCUUCGACUUCUACCCCAUGAUGUUCUGUGUCACAUACUGUCACGGCUAUCGAUCAAAGAUGUCUUGAGGAUGAGCACACUUUCUCGUCCAUGGAGACAGCUAGGGAUUUGUCACCCAGACCUGGUCUUCACCGAAGAGACCUUCUUUGGCAGCAGCAAUACUAUUAACCCGUCUGCAUCCAUGACUGCCGAAUUCAUCACCAGAGUCGACAAUGUGUUGCGCCCACUGUGGGCUACUGCUGGAACUACCACUACACUGGAUAAGUUUGUCAUCAAAUUUAAACUCCGCAGAAAGCAUAAGUAUCACAUCGAUAGAUGGAUUACUUUUGCCACCAUGUCACGGGCCAAGCUCAUUGCUCUUGAUUUCAUUAUGAGAGAGUCAGGGCCUAGUUUUGAACAUUACAAGUACAUUGUCCCGCUGUGCAAUCUCAGUGGCCCAAGUGGCUCUUGUGUCAAGUCACUUGAUCUGGGCUACAUGUGUUUGAAGUUGCAUCCCAGUUUCUGUGGUAUCAUGAACCUUAAGAAUCUCACUCUAAGUACGGUGUCCAUCGAUAGAGUUGAUCUUCAGUGUCUGUUGCUAAGCUGUGCUCUUCUCGAGAGUUUAAGCAUAGAGUGGUGCUCCUUAUCAAGUUUAUGCGUACAGCAGGAGUUGUGCCAGCUGCAGUACCUGCGUGUGCAUGGUUGUGACCUGGAAAUGAUAGAAUUACAUGCUCCGAAUCUUACCAGAUUUGAGUUUGAUGACGAUUUGAGGCAAAUUAUGCUCACCAAAUCCUGGAAGUUGUCGGAGGCAACCUUUGUGUCGAAUAGGAGAGCGCUCCCACCUUAUGAUUAUGAUUUGGACCUCCUCUUCUACGAGCUUGCACCUGCUCUUCCUCUUUUGCAUGAACUAUUUGUACUUUUGAAUGUUGAUCAGGUGCUAAUGUUCAGUAACACCCAGACUAGCUUCAUCAAUUUGAGGCACCUGAACGUGAAUCUUGAUAUCUUUUUCGAUCCAUUGGAUACUAGUUGGGUUAUGGGGUUGGUUUAUCUCUUGGAAUUAUCACCUGUCUUAGAAGGGCUAGAACUGCAUAUCGAUGGUGGUAGCUUUUGCCGCCGUAAUCAGACGAUGGUGUCGGCCGCAGAAGGACCUCUGCUUCGUCACCUCAGGAGGGUCUACAUAUCUGGAUUUUCUGAUGUAUUGGGCCUACCCGAACUGGCUCUCUACAUCCUUGGGAAUGCUACUGUUCUUGAACGUAUGAUUGUAGAUCCAGUGGUAAGGAUGAAGUAUGAUCUGCGUACCGAUUAUUUCUAUCCGUCCACCAAUUUCGGUAGCAAUAAGGAGUUUGUUGUUCCGCCUGGUCCUACUACCAAGGAGAAUAUGUUCUGGAUCACCAAGAAGAGGAUGUUUGCGAAACAGCACCUGGAGACAGAGGAGUUUCGUCACAUCGUCACCGUUUUAUGAAUAACAACGCUGGGUCUUGAGAUCUUAUCUAAAUAAAUGGAUGCUUGGGAGCUUCCUGAAAGCUUUUGAGUGUUGUCUCUGUAUUUCGACUACAGUCCGGAAUAUGCUGUCACUAUUUGGUUUGUUGUUCUUUUGGGCUUUGGUGGUAUGGCUGUGAGCAGAAGAAGGUUGGCAUAAUGAAGUAAUAUGUGGCACUCUUUCUUCAAUACGCUUAGUCAAAUCAACAUACAUAAAUAUAUGCUAGUAGUAACAAUUUGUAUACGAGUGUAAGUUUUAUAA